AUACCGCCCUCUACUGGUGAUAGAGGUCAUACAUGUAUAACCAGUGUUUUGGGGUGGCGAGAAAAGGUGCAUUUCCCAUCACAAAUAAUCCUAGUUUUUGCGUUCAGUGGACAUUGAGAAGGGAGCCACUUAUGUGUACCAUGUCAUAGACGAUAUUGAUUGUAUUACAUCUUUGAUUUAAGAAUGACCAUCUACAAUCUUUACAUCUUUGACCGCAACGGCGUGUGUCUGUUCUACCAAGAAUGGACACGGGAAAAACAUCCAGGAAUGUCGCAAGAAGAGGAAUUCAAGCUGAUGUAUGGCAUGAUCUUCUCAAUCAAGUCGUUUGUUAGUCGGAUGGCACCCGUUGAUUUUAAGGAUGGUUUCUCCAGUUUCUGUACCAGUUCUUACAAGCUACACUUCCACGAGACUGCCAGCGGUUUGAAAUUUGUGAUGAACACGAGCCUCAACGUGGGGUCAAUCCAUGACGAGCUGCAACACAUCUACAGUGCAAUAUUUGUCGAACAUGUCGUGAGGAACCCUCUAAGUAAACUGGGCCAGGCCAUCGACAGUCAACUCUUUAAAACCAAACUGGACAGCUACGUCAGGGGGUUGCCGUUCUUCACUAAAGUGAACUGAAUGAACUAACUGUGUCCCCCUCCCCCUGCACAAAUGGCAGACUGGGAGGUCGGAACCAGACAUCUCUGAUAUAUCGAAGUAUGUAUACUUGCAUGUGGCAUUCCCAGACUAACUUUGAUCGCCGUGAACAAUGUGCGCUGGAGCUAUGAAGAGACUGAGUUCUGCCUUUUUCACGGAUGAGCGAGAUAUUAUGCAUGUAUACAUCAUAUAACUCUUAGUGUGUUUUUUUAGCUUACAAUAUUAACGUGUAAGUGUUGUAAGCAUAAAAUGAUGACCAUAAGCUCAGAGUUCCAUGUUUAGCAAAGUCAUGAAAUUGGGACAAAUCUGGACUAAGAAGUAAGAACAGUGAGUUUGUAAGAAGGUCUAGCUAAAAAUUAACAUGCACUGUAUAUUCUCCCACUAGUUCCCAAUACCCUUCGUCUAGCCCCACUUAAUUUUAAAUAAGAAUUAUUGUCAAUAUCUUUGAAACGAAUACUAGGUUCAUGUACUAUUGCAAGGGCAGUUCGGGGGGGGGGGGGGGGGGGGGGGGGGGGGUUGGAAUGGCCUACCCCAUCACCCCUGACCAGUGUUAAGUGUUAAGAUACAAAAAUCCCAAAGUUACUUGAGUUUCUUGAAUAAUUUCAUUAUCAUCACUGAAUAUCUGGAUGUGUGGCUUCAGACAUUGACUGCAAUACCCCCCUCCCCCUUGAAGAAUCUUGGGCUGUGACACCCCAGCCAACACCCCCCCCCCUUGAAAAUGUCAGAUCUGCCGCUGUAUUUUAUUGUAAAUCAUCAAAUUGCAAUCCACACAAUAAAUCAAUCAUUAACACUGAA